CGGCUCCACAGGUAGUAUCAUCUCUCUCUCUCUCAGGGCGUGACAUCCAGCAGCAAGCAGCUGAGCAACCUGACCGGCAACAUGACGUCCAGCAACAUGAACAUGAUGAGCAGGAUCGUCUUCUACGAGGACAGGAACUUCCAGGGACGCUCCUACCAGUGCAACAGCGACUGCGCCGACAUGUCCUCCUACCUGAGCAGGUGUCACUCCUGCAGGGUGGAGAGAGGCUGCUUCAUGGUCUACGACCGCACCAACUACAUGGGCAACCAGUACUUCAUGAAGAGGGGAGAGUACGCCGACUACAUGAGCAUGUUUGGAAUGAGCGACUGCAUCAGGUCCUGCCGCAUGAUCCCCAUGUACCGCGGCUCCUACAGGAUGAGGAUCUACGAGAGGGAGAACUUCGGAGGCCAGAUGCACGAGAUGAUGGACGACUGCGAUAACAUCAUGGACCGCUACCGCAUGUCCAACUGCAUGUCGUGUCACGUGAUGGACGGCCACUGGCUGAUGUACGAGCAGCCCCACUACAGAGGCAGGAUGAUGUACAUGAGGCCCGGCGAGUACAGGAGCUUCUCCAGCAUGGGCAUGAGCAACAUGAGGUUCAUGAGCAUGAGGCGCAUCAUGGACUCCUACUACUGAAGUCGCUAAAGUGUAAAUUACAUUACGUCAAUAAAAAGUCGUUCUGAUGUUAAAA